AUGUUAUCAUAUCUUAUUCCACCCAUCGACAGCGUUAGGAAAAGGCCUCUCUUUUACACCCAAAAGCGCUUUGCAUACUACCGAUUUCACAAGAGAGUUGGAAAAGGCUCGUGGAGCAAGUACGUCGAGAGAUACAAACUUCCGAGAAGCAUCGAAAAUACACAAAGACUUAUUUUUAAUUAUGAACCCACAUACUCUGAAAAGAAAUUAUCAUGUAGUUGGCAGUGGUUGCUGCCUAAAAAAAUUGCACAAGCUACAACAUCAGAUGAAGUAUUAAAUGUAUGGGUUUACUAUAGACAUAAGAGAAAAAAGGGGUAUCAUUAUAUGAAGGUUUUAAAAAGGCUAGUAGAUGUGGGUCUAUGUUCAACUAGCGAUUGGAGAUUCAAACUAAUUACAUCUAGAAUCCAGAACAAAAUUAACACCUUUUUGAAUUUACCCAGAAUAUGCUAUUAUUAUGGAAAAUUAAAAGCUACAGCACAGUUAGAAAAUAUGACAAAAAUGUUAAAUCAUCGAUUAAAUUAUUACCUACCACAUCAACUAAUAUUAAUUUUAAAAAGUUUCUCUCUAUGCAAAUUACAAGAUAAACAACUUUUUCAUAAAAUUAGGGACCGCCUCAAACCACACAUUAGUACUAUUCCUUUUUCUUAUCUUUCGAUAAUUGUUCAAAGCUAUGAAUCAUGUUUGAUACAUGACUUUUUAUUUCUCAAUUUAAUAGCAGAUGAGGUUAUACUUAGAAUUAAACUCUGUAAUGAAAAAAAUAAGGACAAAUUAGAUAAGCACUACUCUGAUUCUGUUACUCGUCCCGAGGGCAGAAGUGAAGAAGAGCAACAGCAGGAGGAGGAUAAUGAUGAAGAUGCAAUCCUGUUAUACAACCUUGAGAAGGAAGAAAAUAAUUUUUUAGAAUACAAAAAAGAACAAUUUAACUAUUAUCCCCAAAUGGAAAAUCUAAUCAAUAUAACAGACUCGUUCUCAAAUCUGAAAUUUCAAAACUACAUUUUCUUUGAUUAUAUAAGUAGGUACACCAUGUACAUGCUAAAAAAUGAGGGAAAAAACGCUUUGAACCCAUAUUUCAUUGAAAAAAUAGUUGCUUCAUUUUAUAAAUUAAAGAUAAAUGAUAUUGCACUUUUUGAACAUAUUUUGAAACAUAUAAAUGUAUAUACAUAUGAUUAUCCCCCACAAGUAUUGUGUGCAAUCGGGUAUUAUUUUUCAUCUAUACUACCAAUACAUUACUCCAUAAUAAAUCAUAUUUUCAAGAAAAUGAUGGUAUACAUUUACAAAAAUAUAGAAAUUUUAAAUUUAGAUUCGUUAACUAAAUUUUCUUCCUUUUUACAUAAAGGAUCAAUGAAUAAUAAAAUGAAAAAAGAAUUUCUAUUUCGUAUAAAUGAUAUUAUUAAAAAGAGAGAUAAUAAAAACUCAAAAAUGAUAUAUGAUGUUCCAAGACUUGUUGAAAUAUUGGCAUUUCAUGAAAUUCUUGAUCCAACUACUUUUCAAAUCUUAUGUAAACAUAUGCAUGGAAAUAUAAAAUAUUUUGAACCAAGCGAUUUCAACAGAGCUGCAAGAGCACUCAAAAAUAUCAAAAUAAAAUUUAAUUUAAAAGAUGAAAAAAUUAUGAAUGCCCUUGCAAGAAAUGUAAUAAAACAGCAUGACUUAUUUCACAUAAUCGAUUAUCAUCAAACUUGUAAAUCCAUGUUAGAAACAAAUACUCUCAAAGACAUUUACAAAAUCGGUUUAAUCAAAUAUCACAACAAUGUUCCUUUUUAUGGAUUUGAUGAAUUAACAUUGGACUGCAAAAUUCAAAACCAAGAGAAAAAAGACAACUAUAGGUACAAAAAGGGUACUAUUUAUUUUUCGAACAAAAAAAUUCAGCAGGAAUAUCCUUUGCAUAAAUCCUUGAGCCAUCUGUGA